AUGGCGCCCGAUCCUGAAGCGGGCACCGCACCACAAAAAGGCGGAUGGCGGUUGUUUGGACAGAGUCCGACCAGGGAGCAAGAAAACGAGGAGACACCGGGGAGGAGAGGACUACCAAAAUGGAAUAUGUGCAUUUUGAACGACAGAGAGACCAUUGAAGUACCAGGCUCGGUCCUAUUACUAGCGGCAGACCACAAUGAGCCCCUUGGUCUACGAAACGCACCUGCACGAACUUCCCAUUCAUCCAUCCCAACCGCCGUUAUUCGGCCCCCAGAACCCCCACAGGACGAGAAGAAGAAAACGAGUGACGGCAAAAUCAUUCUCGAACCCCAACCAGAAGAAUCCGCCAAUGACCCCCUCAACUGGCCGACGUGGCGCAGAGAUUCGGCCCUGCUCUCCCUGGGCCUCUUUUGUAUGGUGGGCGGCGGCAUGACCCCUCUCCUUGCUGCUGGCUUCACCGAUGUCGCCAAUGAGUUUGAUGUCAGCGUCUCAGACGUAUCACUUACGACAGGCCUCUACAUGAUGGGUAUGGGUCUUGGCUCCGUGGUCUUCUCGCCUACGGCUAUCCUGUACGGAAAAAGGCCAGUGUACCUCUUUGGGGCUCUGUUGUUUGUCGUAACAUCAGUGUGGUGCGCCGUUUCAAAGAGCUUCGUGUCUUUGGUGCUUGGAAGAAUCUUCCAGGGCAUUGCUGUCAGUCCGGUUGAAUGCCUUCCGUCUGCCACCAUUGCCGAGAUCUUCUUCCUCCACGAGCGAGCUUAUCGAAUCGGCAUUUAUACUCUGUUGCUUCUUGGUGGAAAGAACCUGGUUCCUUUGGUCAGCGCAGCCGUGAUUGAGAGCUUGGGAUGGCGCUGGACUUUCUGGGUUGUUGCUAUGGUUGUUGGCUUCUGUGGGUUUCUGCUGUUCCUCUUUGUCCCCGAGACAUUCUGGGACAGAGUGCCCCAUCCGAGGAAGAAAUCAUCUAGGCCAGGCUUCUUCCGCCGGAUGUCCUCAAAACAGCACAUUCGGCGUUCGGAUGCCGCAGGUGUCAGUGUGCCACCCAGCGCUUUACCCAGCGCAUUGCCCAGUGCUCGCCAUAGUGAGGAAGGUCCGAGUCCAGCGCCGGCGCCUAACCAUCGCCGGAACGUUCACGUCGGAUUUGCUACUGAAGCGGAAGAGCAUCAUACCGAAAAGGAUAGGGAGGCUGCAGUGCUACAGCACACUUCUGGGAAGCUUGAUGAGCUCCGCGACUCGAGUGUUCCCGGCACAGCACGUAUUUUUGCGGAAGACAGCCAUGCUGCGCGCCCCGAUAUAAUUGCCCAGGGACCCUCAUCAUCUGACAAUUCGACGAAGCCCCAUGUCUCCUACAUGUCCGACAACCUUGAAAAGCCCAAGUCACCUUACUCUCCGGACAGGCUUGCCCGACAGGAUCACACCGAAACCGAUACCGAGUCUCAAUCAGUGGCUAGCUCACGCAUGGUGGCCGGCAGAGUUCCAUACACUACGGCCCUACGGGACCAGCCGGCAAAGUCGUUUAUUCAGCAGCUCAAGCCGUUCCAUGGCCGCCUGAACAAGGACAAAUGGCACAAAGUAGCCGUCCGGCCGCUCAUUCUGUUCUCCUAUCCAGCCGUCCUUUGGUCAGCCAUCGUCUACUCAUGCUCAGUCGGAUGGCUUAUUGUGAUAUCCGAAUCUGUAGCUGUCAUCUACCGUGAAGGCCACUAUGAAUUCAACGCUCUGCAGACGGGGUUGGUUUACAUCAGCCCUUUUGUCGGCGGUAUUCUGGGCACGGCUGUGGCGGGCAAGGUAUCGGAUGUCAUCGUGAAGGCAAUGGCCAGGCGUAAUGGUGGUCUAUACGAGCCCGAGUUCCGACUUGUCAUGGCGCUACCUGUAGCCAUUACCACGGUUAUUGGCCUGAUGGGCUUCGGCUGGUCUGCACAGCUGGGUAACCACUGGAUUGUACCGACCGUGUUCUUUGGUGUCGUCUCGUUCGGAUGCUCGCUUGGCUCGACAACCAGCAUCACCUUCUGUGUCGACAGCUACAGACAGUAUGCGGGCGAGGCCUUGGUUACGCUCAACUUCAGCAAGAAUAUUUUCCACGGUCUCGUUUUCAGCCUGUUUGUAACCGGCUGGCUUACGGACGAUGGACCUAAGACUGUGUUUAUCUGGAUCGGAAUCAUCCAGCUCAUCUUGCUCUUUUUCACUAUCCCAAUGUACAUCUACGGAAAGAGAGCCAGGAUGUGGACGGUCCGGAAGAACUUUAUGGAGAAGUUCUAG